GACCCGGAAGUGACAGUUUAUGCUGCUGGCUUCACGUAGGUGAAAAUGAUUCUGACAACAAAACUAUCGCGUGUCAAACUAGUUAGCUAGAUAUUUGGUUGAAAAGUAAUGAUUGUGUAACACUGGCAGAUAAAUUACAAUCAAAACACCGUUAGAUUGUCACAUCUGCGUAGACUGUGGUUGCUAGCAAUAGCACCGACAGGGCAAGUACACUGUACUACGCUCGCAUCAACUCAACAACAGCGCCGUGGAGGACUAGCUCGCUGGCUUGCUAGCUACUGUUUCCUCCAGCGAAGUGGCUCCGAUGGCGAAAAACACUCUUUCGUCGCGAUUCAGGAAACUCGACAUAGAUGAAUUUGAUGAGAACAAAUUCGUGGAUGAUCACGAUGAGCCUGUCGACAAUCAAGGACCCGACGGCGCGGAGAUAGACAACCUCAUCAGGCAAGGCGACAUGAUGACAGCUUUUCACAUUGCUCUCCGGAACCCUCCUGUCAACACUAAGAAUCCAGCAAUAAAGGAAAGGGCUCUGGCAAUAGUGCUGAGAGUGUUGACGUCAUUCAAGUCCAGUGAUAUCGAGCCAGCUGUCAAGUCGCUAGACAGAAGCGGGGUGGACCUGCUUAUGAAGUACAUAUAUAGAGGCUUUGAGAAGCCCUCUGACAAUAGCAGUGCCAUUCUCCUACAGUGGCACGAAAAGGCUUUCGCAGUUGGGGGCUUAGGGUCAAUCGUAAGAGUUCUGACUGCCCGAAAGACAGUUUGAGGGGACGUGCUUUAUCACAUGGAGCAUCUCCUGCAUGACCACUGACAAGAGGAUUGACUGCCUUCUGUAUAAGGGAAAGUAGCUUAUUACCACAAUACAUUUCUUCCUGAGAAUAAAAACCCUUACACUACAUAAGUUAAAGACAAAAAAAAAGGGAACAUUAUUUUCUGUUAGAAAAUAUUUAGCUGUAACUAAGGAAAUUGAUAUUUGUUCAUGUAUAGGAUUAUCAUUUUUACCUAAUCACGAGUUUGUCGUUCUUUCGCCAUUGCAUUUCUUUCUAUUAUCCAUAAGUAUCAGCAUGUUUCUUUGAGGGUGGGGGAAGGUAAAGAGUUUCCCUAAUGACAUGAACAUGGCAGGUGAAAGGCUGUGCAUCAACUGUUACUUGGUACCAACGGUACCUUUAUACCUGUGUGUGUGUGUUGUGUGAGCUUGCGAGUAUGUCCUUUGGCUCACAGUGUUGAAUAUUUAGAUUUACGUUUUUCUCAUUGUCAGUUUUGUACAGACAAAAGUACAUUUAAUAUAAAGAGACAGAUUCAAUUAAUUGGUGGGUGGGGGAUUUCAUUGUAAAGUGCCUGCUGCAAUAAAACUCAUGGAUCAUCUUAA